UUCAAAGUUUUCUACAAGAAAUCAUGGCAGCAAUUCAAAGUUUAAAUCCAAAAGCAGAGUUUGCCCGUGCUGCAGCGGCCUUACAAGUUAACACAAGUGCCGCUUUGGGUUUACAAAAUGUCCUUAAGACAAACCUCGGUCCGAAAGGGACGAUGAAAAUGUUGGUUUCUGGAUCAGGUGAUAUAAAGAUUACGAAAGAUGGCAAUGUGCUUUUAAAUGAAAUGCAAAUCCAACAUCCAACCGCCUCAUUGAUUGCCAAAGUUGCAACUGCACAGGAUGAUAUAACAGGAGAUGGAACUACAUCAAAUGUCCUAAUAAUAGGCGAUCUUUUAAAACAGGCUGAUUUAUAUAUAUCAGAUGGCCUCCAUCCCAGGAUUAUCACGGAGGGAUUUGAUUUGGCUAAAGUUAAAGCACUAGAGGUUUUAGAAGAGAUAAAGGUUAAACGUGAAAUGACCAGGGAAACGUUAAUAAAUGUAGCCAAGACAUCGCUAAGAACUAAAGUUCACUCCAAUUUAGCCGACAUUCUGACUGAGGCCAUUGUCGACGCAGUGCUCGCCAUCCGCCAGGAAGGUCAAGACAUUGAUCUGCAUAUGGUUGAAAUUAUGGAAAUGAUGCAUAAAUCUGACGCUGAUACGAAACUUGUUCGCGGCCUAGUCAUGGAUCAUGGGGCGAGACAUCCAGAUAUGAAGAAGAAGGUCAACGAUGCUUACAUUCUCACGUGCAACGUUUCCAUGGAAUACGAGAAAAGCGAAAUCAAUUCCGGGUUCUUUUACAAAAGUGCUGAAGAAAGGGAGAAGCUCGUGGCCUCGGAGAGGAAGUUCAUCGAUGACAGAGUUCAGAAAGUUAUCGAACUUAAAAAAAAGGUUUGUGGUGGGAACGAGAAAGGGUUCGUUGUUAUUAACCAAAAGGGAAUAGAUCCGUUCUCCCUGGAUAUGUUGGCAAGGGAAGGUAUUGUCGCGUUAAGAAGGGCUAAAAGACGAAAUAUGGAAAGAUUGACAUUGGCUUGUGGUGGUACAGCAAUGAACUCGUUUGAUGACUUGACUGAGGACUGUCUGGGCCACGCUGGCUUAGUCUACGAACAUGUUCUGGGCGAAGAUAAAUUUACAUUCGUUGAAGAGGUGAAGAAUCCUCACUCAGUGACUAUCUUAAUUAAAGGGCCAAAUAAACACACUCUAACUCAGAUUAAGGAUGCUGUUCAUGAUGGUCUGCGUGCUGUGAAAAACGCGAUCGACGAUGGGUCGGUGGUUCCUGGUGCUGGAGCCUUCGAGAUCGCCGUUCAUUCUGCUCUCAUGCAGUACAAGAGCUCUGUAAAAGGAAGAGCGAGACUUGGAAUACAGGCCUUUGCGGACGCAUUCCUUGUCAUUCCAAAAGUUCUUGCCCAAAAUUCUGGCCAUGAUCCACAAGAGGUUAUUGUCAAACUACAGGAGGAAUAUUCAGAUAUUGGUAAACCUGUCGGUGUUGACCUUAGUACUGGCGAAGCCUUUAUUCCAGCUGAUCUUGGCGUUUGGGAUAAUUACAACGUUAAAAGGCAACUACUGCAUUCUUGUACCGUGAUCGCGACAAACCUCCUUUUGGUGGACGAGAUCAUGAAGGCUGGUAUGUCCUCGUUGAAAGGAUAAAACCAAUUCUGAACAUUGCUCAGCAUAAAAAACCUAGUAUCUUAAAAUAAACUAUAUUGUUUCAAUUAAACAUUUAUUACUUGAACAAAAUAAUUUUUUUUUAAAAAAGAAAUAUCUAUG